AUGCUCAGCGAUUGCAGGCUGGCAGGGGCAGAGGUGGCCACUAUCAUUGACCAGCACACCAUCCAGCGCACGGCCCUGAAGGACGUCCUCGUCCUGCGCCGCUUGGGCGAGGGCGCGUACGCGUACGUCGACCUCGUCGCCGUCGGCGCGGCCGCACCCAAGCUCUGCGCCGGCAAGCUGCUGCUCCCCCCGCCCCCGCUGCCGGCCUCGGCGCCGCCCUGCGCCCUCUCCCGCUGGUCGUCCGCCGCCGAGGCCGCGCGCGGCCCCAUCAAGCCGACGCCGCCCUGCAUGUUCUCCAAGCAGAAGGCCGCCUACGCCCACUGCGCAGGCUCGCCCUUUGUUGUCCAGCUGCUCGCUGCAAAGGCCGGCAGGGGCGGGCACAUGCUGCUGCUCCUGGAGUUUGCCGAGCAUGGGAGCCUGGCCGAGCGGCUGUUGCUCGACACACCGCAGCACCACGGCACGCAGCAGCAGCCCGAGCCGGAGUGUGAGGAGGGCUCGGACGGCGAGCAAGAGGACGGCGAGGGAGAGGACGGCGGCAGCGAGCAGGUGGACUCUGGCGAUCUGGUCAUUGAGAUCGCGGUCAGCAGCGACGACCCUCAACCAGACUCCGUUCGCCACGGCACAAUUUUGGAAAACGCCGUGCAGCAGCCCGACGCGCGUCCGCCGCCGCUCUCAAGCGGGCACCCGCAGCGCUGCGCCGCCCCGCGGCCGCUCGCAGACGCACAGCCGCCGCCGCCGCCGCCGCUGCCGCGCGGCGGGAUCGCCGAGCCCGCCGCCCGCUUCUACGCGGCCUGUGCGCUGCUGGCUCUGGAGUGGAUGCAUGGCCGCCGCAUGGUGCACCGCGACGUGAAGCCAGAUAACAUGCUUCUGUUCUCAUGCGGAUACCUCAAGCUCUCUGACCUGGGGGCCUGCUGCAUCGUCCCGACGGGGCACGCGCCCACCACGCGCACCGGGACGCCGGCGUACAUGGCGCCCGAAGUCAAGGCGGCGCUGCCACAGUGUGGCGCGGCCGACCUCUGGAGCCUUGGGGUCACGCUCUGGGAGCUGGUUGCGGGGCGGCUGCCAGGCUGGGCGGAGGACGAGGGCGGCCACAGCGGGCUCGACUUCCCGCAGCACUUCUCACAGGCGCGUGCGGGCGCUGCGGAGUUGCGCUGCCUGCUGACGCGCCUGCUGAGCCACGACCCCUCGGGCCGCCCCUGCGUGGCCAAGGCGCGCGCGCACGGCUGGUUUGACGGCUUUGACUGGGAGGCACUGCGGGAGCGCCGUAUGGCUGCGCCGCCAGUGCCCUUCCUCGGCGCCUGA